UUGUUGUUCAUAGCAUUUAUCGAUUUAAGGAAGACCGAAGACGAAGUUUUGUAAAUCACAAUUUGCAAUUUUAAAUAAUUUCAUUUGAGAUAUUAACAAUUAGUAAAAUUAGGGUGUCAAACUAGUUGGAACGACAGAGCGAUAUCCAAAUGCAGUUUAAUUAUUCAAUACCUACAGUUAUAUCUAAAAUUCCGAACAAGAUACAUUUUAUAAUACUACACCGUCAAUCGUACAUUUAUUUUUGUGAACUUAUAAAUUUAUAAGUUAUCAAUGUUAUUGCAUCUGUGUCACUCACCAUGUCGCUUAUUGGUUUGCCGUCCAUAAUACGAGGCUGGUCGUCGUCCUCCAAAAAGCAGGGCGGAAGAGGACGUUUCAUUCCUCGCCUUGUACAUUGUUGCAUUUGACCUCGACCUCUGACAGCUCGGCUGUAACAUCAAGGACGACGACGAUGUUGGAAUAGUUCGUCUCAUUUGAAGAAGGACACCGGUUUGUUUCCUAGUUAUUCAGCCUAUCCUCCGUCUCCAUUAGGAGAUAUGUAAACGAAGAUGAACACGACAAUGUUGCUAAUGAUACAGGGAUGUCAUCAUGGAUGCCUUUGCAAAAAAAGAAACACUUUACUAUGAUCUUGUUGCUGAUUAAUUGGUGACCAUGCAGAAAGAUAAGAAAGUAUCAGAUUUUGAGGAAAACGAUGGACUUGACCAGGGUCCAGAUGGAGUUGAAGGGGGAGAGUCACGUGGUUUUGACGGCAACGCUGCUCCAGAUCAAAAUGAAUCAUUCGAAGCAAAGAAAAGUAAAAACGGUGUACAAUCUCAAGUCGACAACCAGGUAGAGGACGAUAACCAGCAGCAAAAUAUGAAUAAUGAACAAAUGUCGUCAUCUGAUCAUCUUAUGGACAUGGAUUUUAACGUCGACGAUUUGUGUGAGAUGGUCAUGGCAUUCAAAUGCCGACAAUGCUCUUUUCUAGCCCAAGACAAAUCUACCCUUAUAAUGCAUAUUAGACAUAAACAUGUUAGUGGUGGUGAUCUAGGUAGCAUUAAACGACAUCGACACAAGAGUAAUAAUAACAAUAAUCAUCAUAAUGGUCAUGCUACUCAAGAUGAGGCGAUAGAAAGUGUCGGAUUUGAUGUUUCCAAGAUAAAGAUGAAUAAGAAGGAAGUCGCCAAAGAGGAGCCUGUUCCAUCCAUGCCCCCCACACCCGAAGCUUUCUUCCCUAUGUCUGACGAAGAAGAAGAUGAGGAAGAAGAAGAAGACUCGUGUCAGCACCUUAAUAGUAUGAACCAAACACUGGAAGAUGAAUCCAACAGCGCCAGUCGCCGAAACCACGAACACAUUACCGAUUCUAUGGAUAGGGAUCCAAUGGAAAUGGACGAUGUUUUUCUGUGUGCAGAGUGCGAUAUUGUAUUUGCAUCCAAGGAACUUUGUUGCAGACAUAUGCACGGCGUUCACAGAUUAACACAGUUUAACGCAGAAUUUAUUCAACAAGUUAUCAUUUCUAAGAAGCCGGGGGAGGAUGAGGAAACUAUAGAUGAGGACAGAUCAGAUGAUGACAAUAAUGAAGCUAGUUCCAAACCCACCAAGACAGCAACCUUACGGACGAGAAAAAUUGUUAAACCACCAAAAAACUUAACCCUUGAAGAAGGAGCGCUCGUUCCCAGAAGAUACCGUGUAGCGAAAGGCAUAAGUUACCUCUGUUCCAAAUGUUUGAUCAAGUACGAGUCUGAAGAAAUCAAGAUGUUGCACGAAAAGUGUCACAUUGUAGAUCAUGUUCCUCGAGAUAAUGGGAAUGGUACAAAAUCUGGAAAUAAUAAAGAUUUUGCAGAAAAAUUCCGAUCUGAGGAAAAUGAUGAUGACGAAGACGAAGAUUCACUCGAGCAAGAAGAGGUGGAUCAUCAACUUGAAGAAGGAAAGAAUAAUCAGACUGAUGACGACAUAACGGAAUACAAGUUCAAAUGUCCUAUUUGCUUGGCGGAACCGAAGUCAGAAGAUAGUCCAAAUAAAAAAGAACUCGAUGGACUGAAAAAGAAAGUAACAAUUCUGAAGUAUUUCAAGAAAUGGAGUAAUUGUGCCGGUCAUUUAUGGAGAGAACAUCAAAUUGAUUGUGAACUAUAUUCUUGUACCGUAUGCAAGAAAUUCAAAAACUAUUACAUAACCAAAGUAAAGGACCAUGAACGGCUUCACAGACCCGAAGCAAACUACGCGUGCAACACAUGCAAUAAAAAGUUCAAGCAAAGACAUCAAUUGACAACCCAUCAAAAGUAUCACAAAGAUAAGGCUACGCGUCUUCCUCCUCCCAUAGACUCACGAUGGUAUACUCCCAAGGAGUGUCAUAUUUGCAAACGAGUCUUGUCGGAUGCAAAAUGUCUAAAGAAACAUAUAUCUGCAGUGCACAAUAAACUGAAACCGUACUGUUGCAACAUUUGUGGGCACAUGACUGCAAGAAAAGCGGAGUUGAGGCUACACAUUAGACAACAUACUGGAGAGAAACCUUUCAAGUGUACACACUGUACAUUUGUCACUGGAGAUCAUAAUUCUUUGAGGAAGCACAAACUUAGACAUGGGAACCAACGCCCCUAUGCAUGUCCAUAUUGUGAUUACCGAUGCAUUCAAUCUUCAGCAUUUAAGAAACACAUGGUCUGCUUACAUCCCGAUCAAGAUGUCGUCAUCUUUCAAUGUCAUCUUUGCCCUCACGCAUCGGUCAACGAAACCCUUGCUUCCUCGCACGCAAAAGACCACGAAGAAGGAAGAAUUGCGUCGACAUCUUCUAAACACCACAGUCAAAAUGAAAACUCGACUCACAACAAUGAAAAUGAUAACAGCAACAGUAGUAAGAGUAGCAAUGAGUACCCAGAAAUUGGUAUUCGAUCAUUUGGCAGAUGGAGACCUUCUAUUCGAAAACCAAAGAGUCCACAGAAGCGAUGGUUGGAUGAUGAUAGUGUGGAUGUAAUUGAUACUGGUGGAGUUACUAUUCCUGCAUCUCCAAUGCCCGUCAUUAUGGAUAACUGUCUCGCUCAAGAAGCAGUUGUUGCUCUCAAUUCGAGUUGUAGUUCUUCGUCAUCUCAAAGGAUUGAAUGCUGCAAAACUCCAGCGGAAACCUCGUAUCCGGCAGAAAAUCCCACACCUGGUCCUUCUAACGUAGCUUCAAGUUCGGACAGAACCAAUCAUGUGGAAAAUGAAUUUCAACCGCAACCUGAGGUAUCCAUCAGAAAUGGGAUGGAAGACUUAAUUACAGUUAAUUUAGAUGAUAUCGCAUAAGCCAGGUAUUUCCUAUUCGCAGAUGGUAGUAGUUAUAUGUAACGCUAGUUUAACGACUAUAUACUUUAUUAUUUGGGCAACCGAUUACACGUUUAAACUAAUAUGUCUUUAAUGUAAGCAGAAUAUGGUGCACUGAUUAUCUUAGCUAAUGUGUAGCUCGCCAGAGUCAGAAUAACUCGUUAUAUAAGCUCUACAGUAGUACUUUUGUAGAUCACCGAACCGGUAUAUCCAUCGAUCCGCUUGAUGUAAUCUCGAGUAUAUGUACAUCAUGUACACAUGUAUUCAUAAAUGUGUAAUUGAUGGUCUUGGGAAAUAUUAUGAUAAAACAAUUUUCGACGACUGAUUGAUCUUGCUUGAUCACUAUUAGACUGAAACUCAAGUAUAAAACUAAACUAUUUUCCAGAAUGAUAACGAAUUUUGUAUUUUAAUCGAAGCAAUGAAGCAUGUCAAUGUAUUUUAAUAAUUUCGACGUAUUGAUUGACAGUGGAUGUAUUAUACAUCGUGCAUAUAUCUCUUUCUGUGUACAACAACUUGAUCCGCUAUAAAUUUUAUUUGAAAUUUGUCAAAUGACUAUAUAAUAAAUACAAACGAAAUUGACCCCUGA